GCCAGGGUAACGAAACUAGGUUAUAAAACGAUUUUGACAUUGCGUUCUUUUAGUAUUUGUGACGUCAUUUUGAAGGAGAUUUAUUAGCAAUAACUUAACAUUUUUGGUUUUGUGUUCGUAGUUAGCGGCUUACUAUGUUUUUUAUGUGCACGUUUGCUGAUAUUAUUUCAUUUUAAUACUUAUUUUACAUGUUUGGUGUUUAUUUAGCAAUAAAUUGCAACUUAGCAAAGACGGUCCACAAAAAUGCUGAUUAUUGAUGACUUAUCUUCACUGCAGUGAGAUAUUUACCUAAAUCAUUUUAAUUACUUAAAUACUUACUAAAAGCUGUAUACAUAAAACUUCGAUCUUUAAGGGAGGUGGCAACUUUUUCCGGGUUUCGGAACGAGACCCAACUGUUAUGAGAAAUGUAUCAAUUUUCAUUGUUUUUGAAGCGCUCAUUUUACGACCUAAUGGAUAAAAAAAAAGCACUUAAACGCUUUUCACGUUCGAAAGCUGCACAACGGAGUGGUUAAUCAAGUUAGAUACGAUUCAUUUGCAGCACUGCUAUGUGCGAGCAAAUUGAAUUAUUUGAAAUUUGACGAACAGCAGGCCGGCGAUCUAGACUAACGUUUUUGCCGAUUUUCCCCAAGGAGAAUGUGUUUUAUGCUCCUAUCAGCUCAACGCUUCGUUCUACAUUUAGAAUACAUAACCGGUACAUGCCAUAUAUUGGGCUUAACGCUUCGUAAAAUUUAGAUGGAGAUUUUAAUGAAAAGCCGAAUAUUAUGAACUGUAUCCAAUUGCCUGAGCACAAGAAUCUACAGUUAGUUCACGUAAAUCAGCGUUAGAGAAUGCCCGUGAAAAACUCAAAGAUGAUCCUGGUGGUGCGAAAAAACUGCAACAACAAUCACAAACAAAUCUUAGCAAUAUGGAAACGAGAACCACAGCAGCGGCAACAGUACCAUUAACACCAGCAUCAAUAGCAACAACAACAGCAACGACUACUAAACAUUACAAUAAAACAAAGCUGCAAACAAAUAAUAAUAAUAAUAAUAAUAAUAAUAAUAAUAAUAAUAAUAAUAGUAAAUCAAGUACAACGACGGUAACAUUAACCACAGUUCAUAAAAAGUUUCAAAAGGAACACUUACAAGAAACAUAUCGCACAGAAGAAAUUGAGAAUACAAAUGAUAUCAAUAGCAGUACUGCAAAUACAAAGCAACAGAAACUAACAUCAAAACAAAUUAAACCUGCGCCAACAAUAUCAACGAUUGGAGCAACGAAAUUAGAAACAAACGCAGCAUUCACCGAUCACGAUGGUACAGCUGAUUUUAGUAAAGAACCUAAUAAGACAUUGGCAAACAUUAGGCAGAGCGAUAACAAUGACAACGUUAGAGUAGCUGACUCUGCCAUCGUCAGCCCCAGUAAAAAUAGUAACAAUAAUCAUCAUAAAGGUGUUGCGGAAACUGAUAAAAAUUGCAGCAAAGUCAUUCGCAAUUUUAGUGGCAAUUGUAAGAACAACAACAGCAACAAUGGUGAUAAUAGUUUAAGUAGCUUAAAACACAAUGACUUAAGUAUUAACGAUAAAUCUAAACUACAGCAACAGCAGAGCAAAAAUAGUGAUAACAGCAAUACAAUCGAAACAUCAAAGCCUUAUAAUAGCGCAACCGUGGCAACGUUAACCGCAACUAGCUGGAAUAAUUCCAAAUAUUUGCACAAGAAAUUUAAACGUUUAGCGAGCACAACGGAGGCCGAUACAUUGGUUGAAAAUGAUGCAGUGCCACGAAACGCUUCCAUAUCUUCGGCCAGUUCAGCGGUAUCGUCAACGCCUGCAUCAUUCUCAUUGGAAUCAAUGGCAUCCCCAGCUAAUCCUUCUCCCGCCUUAACCAUAACCGAACCGUUAACAAAUGGUUUCGUCAACAAAUCAGAAUGUCAGCCCAGUACUGAGCAGACAGCGAAGAGCAAUACAUCAGAUAAUACGCAUCAACAACGCCAGCAGCAGCAAAUAUGUACGCCAUUAAUACAAGAACAACAACAACAAGAUCAACAAGAGCAACAACAACAACAGACAGCUGAAGUUACUAACGAACCCAAUACUACAGUGACACCAAGUAUCAGCGCUAAUAAUAUUGGACGCUAUGUAUGCUCUUAUUGCAAUAUGAGCUGUACAAAACCUUCGGUGCUGCAAAAACAUAUUAGGGCUCAUACGAACGAACGUCCGUUCCCUUGUGAUACAUGUGGUAUUGCUUUUAAAACCAAGAGUAAUUUAUAUAAGCAUUGCAGAUCUCAGUCUCAUGCAGCUCGUCAGCGCGGCAUUGAGGUGCCGCCAGACGCUGAUGAUGGCCUUUCCGAUCAGGACGCCGAUCCUGAGUUGAGUAAUAGUAGCUCAGAAAUGUUAAGUCAUACCGAUUCACCAAAUUUAGAUGAAAGUGGCAGCAAUUUUUCAAUUGGUGCGCAUUUGAUACAGCACACACCUACUGCCUCUACAUCUGCGGCCUCAACAUUAGUCGCAUCAUCACCUGUCUCCAUGUCUACCGCUACAAAACAACCCCAGCAACUGCCAUUGGGUUCACCUGCCGCUGGUAACCUGCCACCCACGUCAGUUUCUUUGGCAUCUAGCCAAGGCGGUAUCAACAGCGUUCACCAAAAACAAACUAUUGAUUAUAAGCCGUACAAACCAAAAUUUCACAAUGCAUCCUUGUAUCAGACGUCUAAGCAAACGCUGACGUCUACACCGCCUAAUGACAAAAAAGAAAAUUGCCUUCUUAGCUCUAAUCAGGAGCAAAUGACACAGCAACACCAGCAGAAGCAAACAUCACAGCAAAUUGUGUUAGAACAGCAGGCGCAACAAUUACAACUUGCCGCUAGCCAUCAUUCUCAAAAGCAAGCCCAUCAUCAUCCUCAUCAUCAACAUCAGCACCAGCAUCCGACUCUUUCACCUAGCACUCAACUUAAAUUAAAUAAUCAUCUAAACAGCCAUCAAAUACCGCAACUGCAGCAACGGCAACAGCAUCAGCACCAGCAGCCUCAAAUAUCAGCGCCGCAUCAUAUUUUAGCUCCUCCGUCACAUCAGGGCAGUCCCUUGCCAAUACCUUUAGCAGCUGCAGCAGCGGCUUAUUAUUUAGGUCAAACAUCUCCUACGACUGCCGCGAUGCUGCAUUCAACUACUCACUUACCUGGUCAACAUUUUUACAAUCCUGUUGCCGCUGCUGCAGUUGCUCAUCAGCAGGCUUUGGCAUCGUUACAUAUGAUGACUCCGCAGCAGCAACAGCAGUUCCAUCAUCAAAUACAGUUGCAGCAACAACAGCAAAUACAUCUCCAUCAACAGCAACAUCAACAUUCCAACAUGGCUAACGUAAUGCCUAUAACAAAACCUUUGACUUCUAACAAUCAACCAGUCGUAAGCCAAAGUUCAAACUUGCGCACAUUGCAACAUGCAACAACCAGCUCGUCGGUUUUCGUUAGCACUUCACAAAAUUCUGUUACAUUAAGUCCGAGCAAUAUGAGUAACAAGAUCAGUCCUUCUCCUGCGGGGCCACGUUCGCCAGCUUUGAAUUCCAAUGAUUCAAACUCUUCAGCUUCCUUAAACAGCAAUAAUCUCUUACAGUCGUGUACAACACCUUCGACCAUUGAUGUCCAUCUGAAUAAAGAAAAACUCCAUGAGCAUAUCAAUAAAAUUAUUUCGCAAAAUGAAGCGAUAGUCGAGAACAAGGAACUGCUGUUGCAAAAGAAAUACCCAAAGACUUUGAAUAGAUCACGUAGCUUUAACAAUAGCAAUAUUAGCAACAGUGUCGGUAAUAACUUUAAUUCUUCAAAUGCCAAUCCUGUCAUGAACGAUACCCGAACUCUAACUUCUGUUAAUGUCCAGACUACCGAAUCCAACACAAAUGCUAAAUUGGUACAAGUGAUUGUGCAGAAACAGCAACAGCAGCAACAACUUCAUCAGCAACAACAACUUCAACAACAACAGCAGAAGCAACAACAACAACAGCAACAUCAGCACCAAUGUCAACUCAUGCCGCAGCAUCAAUAUCAGCGAAUUAUUUUCAGCGAAAAGCCAACACUGGAAGAAGUUCCGUUACCAUUAAAUGGUACCGUCAAACAUUUAAAUACUUUAAUUUCACCACACAUUACAUCGCAAUUAUCUCACGUGCCAUCUAAUGUGGUUGUUCAUUUACAACCACAGUCGACACCACCUGCCCAAAUGCAACCCCUUCAAUAUCGCUCGCUAGAAUCUGGUUCACCUCACACAACAGCAACUUCUUUAAAUAGUACUAUUGUGAAUGCGCCUCUAAAUUUAACAAACAAAAGCAAAAUAGUGGAAGAACGCAAUACGUUGGAUCUACAAAUAUCCCAAGGUCCUUUACCGUCUGCCCCGUUGCUAACAACUCCGCGUAAACGACACUCCUUAGAAAUAGCGCAAAAUUCCGCCGCAGCCACUGCGCAGCAGCAGAUACCAGCACCAGCCAUACAUAUCAGUGAAACUUCAAACUCCUCGACUGGGUCGUUGCCCACCCAACUGCAGUCCACUAGCAAUUUAGGCAGACCGAAUAACUCUAUUAUAAAAUCCAUUCUAUUGAAUGUUCGUGGUUUGGCACAGCCAACGGGUGAAGGAGAGGAUGCUGUCUACGUUUGCCCAUUAUGUUCUUUACAAUUUCGCACAGCUGAAGAGUUGCAAUUACAUAAUUCUACUUACUGCCAGGGUAAUUCGAGUAGUGCCCCAAUUUCUCCGGUGGUUUCACCUUCCUAUAAAUACUUUCGGUCCAACUCGAUAUCAUUAAACUUACCAGACUUAAAGAUACUCUCCAAAAAUCCACUUUCUCUAGCCAAACUAGCAUGGUCUCAAUUGAAGACAAAACCAAGUCAUUUAGUAUUGAGUAGAUUAAGCGCUUCUCAGACUGGUAGCACAAAGAGCUCAUCAACUGCUAUCAGUUCGUCACCUGCAACCGUUCCCUGCUGUAAUGCAUUUACUCCAAGUAUUUCGACGGUUGCACCCGUCAUACCAUCAUCGUUAUCUUCAACUUCAGCAUUUAAGAUGUCUACUGCACAGGAUUCGUGUACUCGUUUAAUUGACGCCCCUUUACCAUCACCAGGACCUUUGCUAGGAAAAACUCCUUUGGUGGAUUACACACCGAAAGAAAGUCGCAGUAAACCAGAAGAGUUAAUAAAAAUGUAUGAUGAACGUCUUAGUUUCCCAGCUAUUACAAACGACUUAAAUGCCACCACAAAACGUUUGAAUAACAACAUUAGUGGUGGCGAUAUACAACCUCUCAGCAGCAAUACAGGGUUGCAAGAGUUUGGUAAAAAGGAGGAACGACUUAAACGGUAUACUUUAUCUUCCGGUGGGUGUAUAACUCCUAUAUCAGAAUGUAGUGAUAUUGAUAAAAGCCAAAAGUUGAUAAGAACGCCUUUAUUGUCAGGUGGCAGUUUCCAGGAGAUGUCGCCAAAACUUAAAGAAAAAGAUAAUAAACUGCCAAUGUCCUUAGUACAGGUGGCACAAUUGACACCGAAACUUUGUGGCUUAGGCUUAACUGCAGCUAACGCUCCGCAACAUUUUCAGUUUCCUCCUAUUAACCCAAUAACAGCUUUUAAUCCCUUAACAUUACCGCUAACGGAAAAGACAAUACCGUACGUACCUGGCAUACCAGGCCCCAAUAACCUAACUCCACAGUUGCCACCGCCAACGCCCACACAUCAUUUGCCGUUAUCUGUGUCAACGCUUCCUCAAGGAAGCUUAACUCGCAAUUGUAGUCCUAAUCAAAAGCAACCGGCAAGUGCGACUGUAAAUUCAGCGGGAACAGACCAAAUUAUAUCAAAAUCUUUGUCUCCAUUUGGCGGCGUACAACAGGUCCCCAGCGAAUUUAAUCGAGUUCCCCCAUCUGCUAACAUGCGCAGCUUACGAAACUGGCCAAAUUCAUCCACAAUAACAAAUAAUAAGGCUACAGCUGUUCCAGAAACUCCCAAAAAGACAUUUAAUUUUCUCCGCAUGGCUGAUAAUUUAAGCCCAAGAAAAAAUUCACCAACUGGCGCAUGCACAUCGAGAACUCAGCCGAACACUGUACCUGCGAGUAUGGAGAAAGAAACGCGUUACUUUAAUUUAGAAAACCUAAACAAAGAUCAAUUAAUGAUAACACAACCAGCAACUUCUUCAAAUAUUAAUAAUACUUCGAUUAUGAUAGAAACUUUACCAUCUUUACAAGUUGAUAUUACUACAACUACCAAUGCCGUCAUUAACAGCAAUCAAAUGCCAAACUUUGAUACAGGCCAAACUGAAUCCAAAAGUAAAUCAAAAUUUCUCAGGCCGACAAGUUUACCUUUGAAACCCGGCACUUUUACCCCAAAACGUCACCACGGCAUAACACCCACAGCUAAUACACUACCGUUAAUAUCACCAGAAACACCGAGACCCUCGAAAUCAUGUGUUCAAUUGUAUUUAAAUGGUAAUUCUUACACAUAUUUGGGUCUAAAAUCGAGUACAAAAACUUUCUACUGUACCUUGAAUUGUCCGCAACCCUCCUAUGUACAAGACAUGCACAAAUUGUCCAUGUACAGCGUGUGGCAAGUUUGCGCAGAAAACAAUCCUCAUCCGCUGGGUCUGAAACCGAAGAAGGCCAUGUGUUUAUAUGAUUCUCGACAACGGAGCAAUAAUUCGUAUACAAUGGCCGAAUAUGGCAAAAUGUCGUAUACUUUGGUAUCGGCACAACAAAUUGUAAUGACACCAUUUGUUGGAAAUACCGAUAAGUUUUAUCAUCAUCAAAUAAAACCACUGUUAACUUCUGUUCAAGAAGCGCGAAUUAGUCCUAAUUCAAAUAAUAUCAAAGCCUUGGAAUCGGUAAAAGGCGGAGCAAACAUUUCAAUACCCGCAGGACCUGCAGUAUCGUCGUCAUCUCUCUCCAAUAACCAUACAUUAGAAGGCGGCUAUGAAUCUCAUGAAAAUUAUACCUACAUACGAGGAAGAGGGCGCGGUAAAUACGUUUGCUCCGAAUGCGGUAUACGUUGUAAGAAACCUUCCAUGUUAAAGAAGCACAUACGUACCCACACUGAUGUCCGUCCUUAUACAUGUAAGAAUUGCAAUUUUAGUUUUAAAACUAAAGGCAAUUUAACCAAGCAUGUGGGCUCGAAAACUCACUAUAAAAAAUGUAUAGAAUUGGGUUUAAAUCCAGGUCCUCUGCCGCCAGAAGGGGAAUUUUUAGAACAAGAAGUGGAAUUUGAUCAACAAUCGUCUACUUCUGCGGGUGGACGUACUUCAUCAAUCGGAAAUGGGGAGUCGGAUUCGGAGGAGUCGACGGACAACGAAACUGAAAGUAGUGGGGAAUCGGAUCUAAGCAACAAUGUUAACAAUGCCAGCACCAUCGUAACUUCUAAUACGAUUCCUGCUUUGGUAAAUGCACCCCAAUCUGUAAAUGAAAAUAAAUCACGUUUGCAAGAACAUGAAGCAGCCCGAUGCUUGCUUUCGCUAUCAAUGACACCUCCCAUUCCUUCAUAUUUACAAGCCAAUGAGAAUUCGGUUCUGACGAUAACCACUGCUCCAACUACCACUAAAGCUGCUGCACCAACUGCGUUGCAACUCCCUCCGCCUACAACUAACACGAAUGCCAUCAGAAGGAUAAUAUCAUACACAUCACCGAAACCGCCCUUUGACUAUCAUAAACAAGAGCAGUAUUAUUCGAACCCUGAAGAGUCCAAACCUAAACUUACUUCAAGCGAUCAUUUUGAAAGUGCCCCAAUUGAUUUAACAAAACCACGAAGCUUGUCUUCCAAAGCUAUUGCGAGGAUCACCGAAAUAAACACUAUUUCGUCUACUGUGGUAACGAUAACCGAUAACGUACAGUCUCAAGAUCGAAUUCGCGACGUAAUUUUCGGUGGUCGAGAUAAUGAAUCAGGCUUUUUGAAAACUUUAAUAUCGGUAAACUCAAAGGUGCUACGCACGCCAGACGCAUUUGAAACUGUGCAGAAAAUGAAUGAGGAUAUCCUGAUGAAUGCCUACAGAAAAGAACAGAUCUUACAAUACCACAAAACUAAGCAAACCCAGCUAAGUCGCGGGUUCGGCGAAAAGCCUAAAUCUAUUACUACAAAUAGUGCAACAAGCAGUUCCGUUGUCAUUACUACAAUUGCAUCUCCACUAACAAUGGCAAUGACUAUGGCGACCGUUGCUUCAACAAUGAACAGCAAUACAACAGUUGCGGUAGUAAAACCUAUCCGACGUAAUAUGUCAGCAUCGAAAACCGACGUGAUUGAAUCUAAAGAUAACGAUUCAAAAGAGACUACUGCAGUAAGUGAAGCGAACAAAGGCAAUAAAUUAAGUGAUGACGGCGAAGAAAGUGAGUCUCCUUCUGAUCAAGAACCACAAACGACGAAAAAGCGUAGGUUAAAUAUUGGGGAAGAAAAGCCCGCACACAAUGCCAAUCUGCCGGCCGCCAUAUUACAACCGGGGACCACUGAUUUUGCUGGCGUGCUCUCUAACAACGGUUCUGCCGGUUGUACUGCCGGUAAAAACCAACAACAACCCAUUCGGACGAUAAUAGUAGGAGAAGAUGGAUUUACUAAUAACAAUGAAAUCCAACCUGUUUAUCCCAGAGUAGCGAAUAUUUCCAACGCCGAUGGCCGUCCCGUGUGUCCACAGUGCUCUAAGCCAUUUCAGAAACAAUCACAAUUAAAGUUGCAUAUGUGUAUUCACUAUAUGGAACGUAAAUUUAAAUGUGAAUCAUGCGGCGUUGCUUUUCGAACGCAAGGCCAUCUACAGAAACAUGAACGCUCUGAUGCCCAUAAAAAUAAAGUCAUUAUGACCUCUAGCUUCGGGGUACCGACCACUUCAAACCCACGUCCGUUCGAAUGUACAGAUUGUAAAAUAGCCUUUCGUAUACAUGGUCAUUUAGCCAAACAUUUGCGGUCUAAAACACAUGUGCAAAAAUUGGAAUGCCUACAGAAAUUACCAUUUGGUACGUAUGUAGAAAUUGAAAGAGCUGGCAUUAGCUUGACAGAAAUCGACACCAGCGAUUGCGAAAACUCACUAAUAUCCUUAAAACUGUUAGCUCAGAAGUUGAUCGAAAAAGAUCCUUCCUCCAAGCUUGGGAGUUAUACAACACCUUCGGGUGUGCAGGAUAAUUCGAAUACCGGGAUGGUGUCACAGGACAGUGCCUCAGAAGACGGUUUUAGUGCUGCCGCUUCUGCGGCUUCUGCAGCCAUUGCCUCUUUAGAUAAUGAUAGUGCAGCCAAUACGCCUCGUCGUGCGAAUUCCACUUCUGAAGAUGAGGCCAUAGCAGCAAAUUUGAAUAACAAUCUCAAACGAAGAUUACCAGGCAGCUUUAGUAACGGUGAAGAAAGCGAUCGCGAACAACACUUGGAAUUAAAUGAGAAGAGAACACGCUUGGAUAUAAUGCCUAUUAUGGCAUCUAAUUCACCAAAAUCUACUACCGGUAGCAGUCCGCAUAACUGACCCCACGCUUUUGAGGUUCGCGACAGAUGAAUAAACGGUAUGCUGUCUUGGCAUGAGAGUUUAACUCGACAAGACAGCCUUACUGCUACUGUCACUGGUGCUUGUGCUAAAUUGAAACAAUAUGUGCCAAAUGCCCAUGUCUACCAAUAUGUUCCCGUCAUACAGGAAAUUGCUAAAUCCCAAUCGCAACAAUCGCAACAUUUACCCCCACCGCUUAACAAACCAUAUUAUUUACCAUAAUAGAAAAAAAACUUGAGGCGGUUCUCUCUACUAAAACUUGUUAAAAUAGAGAUAAAAUUGAAAGGAAAAAAGGAAAGACUUAAACUAUACUUUCUAAACCGACUCAGGACCAAACUUUAAAAAAGGGAAUUAUGAAAUCAUAUCCUUAAGAAAAACUACAUAUCGUGUUUUAUAAUUCUUUCGAUUUACAAUACAAAUCUUCACAUAUAUAUAUAUAUACAUACGUUUUUUGUUUUUUACACAAAAAAGGCCUUUUUUGGAAAAGAAAUCUAUUUACGAAAGAGUAAGGCUAAAAGCUAAAAGCCAAAAGUUAACUCAAAAGUUGUGUUUGAACAAUGCAAAGUGAAACACAAACAAAUUUAACAAGUUUUAGUAGAAUUCGCUUUAUUUCUCUAACACAAAUAGAAAAAACGAAAUAAAUACUAUCGGCCGGCUAAAGUCGACCGUUAUCGCAACUCCACACCACUAGAAUAUAUUUCGUUGGGCUUCAAAUAAGUAAACUUUCAUAAACAUGUUUUCAUUUAAUUUACUAUAACAAUUUAUUACAAUAUUAACUACCAAUGAAAUCGAUCUUGUAAUUAGUGUGCACUUAUUGUAUACCGUCAGAGCUUCGAUAAUGGAAAGAAAAUUCUUCUUUCUUUCAAUUAUGCGGAGGAUUUCGAUUAAGCAGACCACCAUAGCAUAUGAGACUUUCUGUCUAAUCCCUAUAAUGCAUUUAGAUUUUGAAUAAUAUGGAACAUUCUAAAUUUUGCUUAUUAAAGCUUAGUUAAACACACUAAUUAUUCUCGAAACAGCUUUCUGCAAGUUUCCAACUUUUAAUUCCGCGCCAUACAUUACCAAGGCGGGAUUUUUAAUAGAAAUAUUUACAUUUUAAAGUUAGACAGUGAGUCACUUUAAAAUUUUGAAGGCUUAAUAUAACAGAAAUGAAAAAUGACUGGUUUUCUUUAAAUAGGGUGUGGAUCCACAAAAGCAUUUCUGCUUAUUUUAGAACUUAAAUUUUGCUAAAAUAAAAAGAGGCGGGAUAUUGCAGGGAUAAUUGAAAAUAACUGGGCAUAAAUAGCAGCAAAGAUUCCGAUAUUAGACAUAUUUUAUGAAAGGUGUACAUAUCCAGGCGUGACAGUCAUUUCAUAGAGAAAACUACCAUCUGCACAUUUAUAUUAAAAAUGUAUACGUGUGUGAAAAAACGAGAAAAAACGAAGACACGUCAGCAAAUAAAAUCUUAAUAUUCCUCACUUAAUGUAGUCACUGAUAUUCUCUUUGGUGCUAUAUAGUCACAUCGCACGCUACACAGCCAUAGUCGGCAAAGGCACAUAGCACUUACCGACAGGAUACACUCACUCUCCACAGGCUGCGGCCUCUCUUUCUCUUUCCUGACUUCUUUCUGACCAUCACAUUUAAAAAAAGUAACCAAUUGCCUUUUUUCUCUUGACAGUAAACAGUUUGUUGUGUACAUAGUUAGCGAGAUAAUUAUUACAUUUCAAGCGGUUUACGUAUGUAAAGUAGUUAUUUAUUUAUGUUUAUUUUGCAAGCCAUUCUUGGAAGUCUAGUUACUUCUACGCCGACUAUUAUUUUUUCCAAUUUAAAAAAAGUGGUGUAGGGUGAAUACAAAUAUUUUAAAAAAUCAUCAUUUAAGAAGAGAAAAAAAUAAGAAGUAUAGAAAUACAAUGUAUUUGAUACACAUAUAUAUAUCAUCCAAUAGCAAACUGUUAUAUGUAAAAAAAAAUAUCACUUAUAAAUAAAAACAUAAA